CACGGGCAAGUUGCUGGGGUCGCUAAAGCCUCGCCCCGGCGAGCCAAAAUUCAAGACCUUCAUCGCUAUGGUCGCGAAGACGCGCAUCGCCGCCCUACAGACUACCGCUCGCACCGUAGGCCUGAUGGGUUCUAAAAACGAGUGGCUGUUUGUCGUGUCGGAUUCUAACGACAUGGCGGAGGACAUGUCGCCGUACAUGGCAGACAUGGAGGACGGUGACAACCUUUCUUUCUUUUACAACACGUCAGUGGCCCAGCCCACACAGCCAUGUCAGGAUGAAUUCAAAUGUGUUCUGGGUCUGGCAGUGGAGCAAUACGCCACUCAACUAUCUGUAACUCUGGAGGAAACGCUCGAGAUUUUCCACAAGGUGUCAGAGGAAGAGUGGGCUGAGAUGAAGCCCACUAAAGCUCAACGGUCGGAGGCAAUUAUAAAGAAAAUCAAGGACGCACUCACCAGCAUGUCGCGCUGCCACCGCUGCACCUCCUGGGAGGCUCAGGCCGUCGAGGUUAAGGACGCUGAUCGAUUCGAGCUGCUGAAAAGCGCUCGCUGGACCCCGCUGACCGGCGUCACGGUGUACGACGAUCUCUUCCCGCACGUCACGGGCGGCUUUAGGGGGCGACGCAUCAAAGUGACGUCUACUGACAAUCCUCCGUGGCACAAAUUUGUGAGAGACAAGAACAACACGAUUGUGGGCUACACUGGACUCAUGUUCGACAUCUUGAAUGAAAUCGGACGAAGACUCAAUUUCACAUACGAGGUGAUCCCGCCGCCAGAAAUCAACAAGUUUGGAGUGCUGGAAAACGGACGCUACAACGGCAUGAUGGGACAGAUCACGAGGAAGGAGGUGCUGGUGGGAUGCGGUGCCUUCACAGUCACUAACUUAAGAAAGCAAGUCGUCGACUUCACGACCGUGAUAGACAAGCAGCCGUACACCUACAUGAUCGCCAGGCCCAAGGAACUCUCAAGGGUUCUACUCUUCGUUGAGCCUUUUACAUCUGAUACGUGGAUCUUGAUCGCCAUUGCAACAUUGUUGAUGGGGCCUAUCCUGCACCUGGUGAACAGCCACUCCCCGUUCUACGCGUACUAUGAUCUGCACCGCGGCCGGGGGCUGUUCACAUUACAGGACUGUUCCUGGUAUAUCUUCGCGUCCGUCCUGCAGCAAGGUGGAGACAGGAUGCCGAUGUGUCACUCGGCUCGUGUAGCCCUGGGAUUCUGGUGGGUGUUUGUGAUCAUCAUCGUCACGACGUACUCUGGCAACCUCGUCGCUUUCCUCACAUUUCCCAAGCUUGAGAACGCAGUCCAGACGUUGGAUGACUUACUGGCAGCGAGAUACUCCAUGUCCUGGGGCUACGUUGGAGGUGGUGCAUUGCAGGAUUACUUCAAGGGGGCAGAAGGCAAGUUCAAGGAGAUCGGGGAUCUGGCGACAAUCCACGAUCGUGAGGACCAAAUCCUCUUAGACAGGAUCCGAUAUACCGACUACGCCUACAUCCAGUGGAAGGUUAACUUGCUGGUCAUCAUGAAGGAAGAAUUUCUGCGCACGGACAGCUGCGACUUUUCGCUUGGUCGGGAAGAAUUCUACUCGGAACACGUGGCCAUGGCCAUGCCUAAAGGCAGUCCUUAUGUCUGGAAAUUCGACGAAGAGAUCAAGCUGAUGCUCAAGGGAGGGCUGGUGCAGAAGUGGAUGCAGGAUCACUGGCCCAAGAAGGACCGCUGCUCUGCCUCGGCGUACGGUGAUGGCGACGGCAUGCGUACCGUGUCGCUCGCCGACAUGCAGGGAUCCUUCGUUCUCCUCGGCCUCGGCUUCCUGCUAGCGCUCGUCUUCAUCAUCGCAGAGUUUGUGUGGCGCUGCGCUAAGCCUAACUUGUCAGGUAAAGGUGGCAGUAUCAACAGUACCGUUACAACCAACAGAACUAACAGCAAUGUCAACAAAAACUUCAGCAUCAAUAAUGAUGACAACAGGUACGACGGAAAUGUUAAGAGAAACAACUGGUAUAAUAUAGAUAAUGGCCUGAACCACGGCGAUCAACAAGGGCGAUCUUCGAUAAGUUAUGUACCGCCACAACAUCUGAUGCGCUACUACGAUCACCGCAGUUAGGCAUCUAAUGUUGGAAUAACGUUUAUUUAACGUUUUUUGACUUUUUUUUCUGCGUAGUGAAAACGUAAUUAACAUUGCUCAACCGUCAAUUACCAGAUGGGUUGGUAGCAAUUGGUGCGGUCGUCGUGUUCAACGUCUCUGUAACCAGAUGCAGGACAGUUUGAAGCGAAUCACAGAUUAAUUAUUAAUGAAAAUUGCACUUUCCGGUAUAGAUACUCGACAGAUGGAUCACCACAAGAAAUGUCCUUGCUGGAGCCGAACGUGCCUAAUUAGAAGCCGUCUAUUAAUAAUAACUAAAGUUGCCCAUAAACAAUUCCUGGACUUGAGAGUAGUGAAUAAUUUAUGCUCAGCUCAAAGACUUUUCAACGACGUUUUGUUUUAAUUUUUUUAUCAUUGAAUUUCAGUAAUGCAUAGUGCUUCGAUACUUUAGUUUAGUUUAGAUACGAAUAUUCUUCAUUUGCUAUCAUCUGCGGUCAAAGUAAUGGCAAUAAUUAUACUAUAGAUCAUAGAUUUUUAUGAUCUUCUUUCAUGAAAAAAUUUUUAUUUACAUAUUUAUACCUCACAACACUUGCUCAUGUACUGGAAUCUCAUGGAAAGCGUACCUAUAAACUUUCCGCUUAUAUACGUGUUUUAACGCACUCAAAUAAGUAACCCGAUGAUAAUCGUAGAAUGUUUAAAUAUCCACUAUCACUUUGCUACUUUAAAUUUAAGUAGUUGCUGUGUUGGCUAAGGUUUUAUUAUCAGUUUUGGAUUUCGUUUUUCAAACUUGCCUUGAUAACAUUACUCAAAAAGUAACAUCACUAUUCAGUUUCUAUGUAAUAAGUCUUCGUAGUUUCUCUUGUUGACACUGUUGUAUUCGUAGAUUGAGUGUAUAGCUGUUUUAUUCAUAAUUUUGUCCACCAUAAUAAGAGUAAUUAGACGUUAGUCCCGCUUUGAAAGUACAGUAGCUAAGAAUGUUGUCAUUUGGUUGUUAUGUCAAUACGGUGAGGAUGACAACGCGACAACAAGAGUAUGAUGCAUCCUUAUACAGGGUGUUUCAGAAUUAAG